GACUACAGAGAGAUUCGUCAAUAUAGUUAAAGUUGUUGGAGUCGUUGAAGUCGUUGAAGUCGUCGAAGUUGUUGAAGUUGUCGAAGUUGUUGAAGUUGUCGAGGUUGUUGAAGUCAUUGAAGCCGCCCUAUUUUAUCCCAGUGAAGGCGCCGCCUACUAUCAAAGUCAAGACGACGGGUCAACGACAGAUGACUCCUCAGCGCCUCCUUGCACGCCGCCCGAGACGUCGUUAUCGCCUUCUCCUUCUAUUUCUUCUCUAAGUGCCUUCACUCCUGAGCCGCAUACUUCUGGUCCGGCUGAGUGGACCUAUAAAGAAUUCGAACAAGGGAUCGCUCAUGAUCCUUCCCUCGUUUCCGCCUGCGUUCGCGCCCUGGAAUUGAUUAAGCGCGGCGAAGCUCCUCCCAAGGAGUUGGUUCGCGAGUUCGUCCAACCCGGAAAGCCGGGUUUCGUUUGUGCAGUGCGAGGCUGCGAUUGGAAUCGAAAGGGAUGGAAACGCGAGGAUCGUGGCAUCGCUCACGUGCUCAGAGAGCAUCUCCGCAUCCUGAAGUAUCCCUGCAAUGAAUGGUAA